AUGGCUCUCUACAACAAUGGGGCCAACGUGCCCUCGCCCCAAGAGGCCUCCAACGGCUUCUCGCAGCCCGGUGCCUCGGGCACGUGGCACAAGGCAGAGGAGGAGGUGAGGCUGGUGGAGCCCAGCCUGGUGAAGAAGGCUCACCGUGAGAUCCUGGACCACGAACGCAAGCGGCGGGUGGAGCUGAAGUGCAUGGAGCUGCAGGAGAUGAUGGAAGAGCAAGGGUACUCAGAGGAGGAGAUCCGGCAGAAAGUGGGGACCUUUCGGCAGAUGCUGAUGGAGAAGGAGGGCGUGCUCACCAGGGAAGACCAGCACGGGCGCCAAAUAGUGAUAGAAAACCACCACGGGCUGGAUGGGGAGGAGUACACAGCGCAGUACCCUGAGUGUGACGAGGGCUGCCUGCUGCAGUGUGACUGCUCAGCCGAGUGCUACCACGACGACAGCAGCCACCGCGAGUACAGGCUGAAAAGACGGUCGAGCAGCUCCACCUCCCCACCACCCAAGAAGAAAAAGAAAAAGAAAUCGGGUCACCGCCGGAGCCGCAAAAAGAGGAAACCCGGUUCAGAGCGCAGCUGUGACAGCUCUUCCCCGAUCCGCAAGGAGAAGAAAAAGAAGACUGGAAAGAAGCACAGACGUGACAGGUCUGAGUCAGGCUCUCGGAAGAAGAGAAGACACAGGUCCCGCAGCCCCAAAAACAAGAGGAAAGAGAAAAACAAAGAGCGCAAGAGGUCCCGCAGUGCAUCGCCAGCCUGGCGGUCACACCGGCGCAGCAGCUGCAGCUCGCACAGCGCUUCGCUCUCCUCCGACUACAGCGACUCCAAAUCCCCCAGCAGGCUAAGCCCCAAGCAUCGUGAGGAUGGCCCCAAGGGCAACAGCGCCCGCUCCAGCCGCAGCCCGUCCUCCUCCUCACCGCGCCGCUCGGCCUCACCGCACCAGAACGGGCACAAGGGCAGCGCCCAGAAUGGCCGCCACAGCCAUGGCCCUGCACUCGAGGAGCCAACGGAUAGGCCGGCCUCGCCGUCCCCUUCUCCACGGCCUCGCGGCAGGACGGACCCGCCGUCCCCUCGCACCCGGGGCGGCCGUCAUGGUGCCCACUCGCCCUCGCCGGAGCGAGCCAAGCACGGCCACCGGCACCGCUCCCGCUCCGCAUCGCCGCCCCGACACCGCGGUCAGGCCCCCCGCCUGCCGGCCCCAACGGGGCUCAGCCCCACUGGCUACAGCAGUGACUCGGAGGGCUCGGUGUGCUCGCACCCGCUCAGCCCCGACAGGACCCACGGUGCCCACGCUAAGAAGGUGAAGGACAGGCACCACCGGGGCCGUCCCAACAGCAGCUCAGAGUCGUCAGCGAAGCACUCUCGACACGGAGCCUCGGAGCGGAGGAAGAGCCCCUCACACAGCACAGGGCACCGCAGCACCUCCUGGAGCUCCAGCGCUUCCCUCUCCAAGUCUCGCUCCCGCUCACGGGACAAGCGGGCAGCACGCAGCCGCAGCCGCUCUCCCUCGCAGAAGAAAACUGCCAGCAGAGAGAAAGACAAUGAGCCUCGAACACGCCACAGUGACCCAGACCCUGCUCGGGCCCGGCGUCGCUCCCGAAGCUACUCCCCAAUCAGGAAGAGGAGACGUGACUCCCCCAGCUUCAUGGAGCCCAGAAGGAUCACCAGGUUCCUCUCGGAGAGCAUCGCCGCCUGCCUGGCUCGCAGGGUAACCUCUCCCCUUCCUUCUUCUCUUCCUCCCAGACUGCUCCAAUCUGUGCGUCUCUCUCCGGUCCCACUAACGCUGCUCACUGCUGUGUAGGGAUGGGACAAGGGGGCAAGGAACGAACUGCUGUGUCCCUUGCAAUUGUGGGGACCUGCAGGGCUCUGGGCUCAGCACCAUGCACUGCUCUGGAUGUCACUGCCCCAUAGGAGCCGGUGCGGGUCGAAGCUCGGGCAGCCUGACGCUGGCUAA